CGGCGGCAGUCCGCCCGCAUCCCGUCAGCCCCCGCGGCGCGCCCCGCGCUUCCGCCCGGCGCCUCCUUCCGGCCGCAGCCCGCCGUAGAGGACGGUCGCCAGGAUGUUGGCUUCAAGGGCAUUCAGCCUCAUUGGGAAGAGAGCCCUUUCCACCUCCAUCUGCCUGAGAGCUCACGGACAUGCUGGUGUGGUCAAAGCAGAGGAUUUCAGCCUCCCAGCCUACGUGGACCGUCGGGACGUCCCUCUGCCUGAAGUGGCCUUUGUGAGGGACCUCUCUGCUCAGCAGAAGGCACUUAAAGAGAAGGAAAAAGCCUCUUGGACCGCUCUGUCUGUCGAUGAAAAGGUUGAAUUGUAUCGGAUCAAAUUCAACGAGACCUACGCAGAGAUGAACAAAGGCACCAACGAGUGGAAGACUGUUCUUGGCGGGGUGCUCUUCUUCCUCGGCUUAACCGGCAUCAUCCUCAUUUGGCAGAAGCAUUACAUGUAUGGCCCCAUUCCACACACCUUCUCUGAGGAGUGGCAGGCCAUGCAGACCAAGAGGAUGUUGGACAUGAGGAUUAAUCCUGUGGAGGGUGUCUCUUCCCAGUGGGAUUAUGAGAAGAACGAAUGGAAGAAAUGAAGCAACUCAGUGGAACUUGCUCUGUUUGAACAUGAAAUGAUUCCAUCACCUGUGUGUGACCUCGUUGCUUAUGUACUGGAACAACCUCUCCACUUACAGAGAUGCUAAUAAAUGUCUGGUUAACUUGA